CAUUUCUCCUUCCUCUCCUAAACUUUGGUGUUCUAAAAGACUAAAACUCUGCUCCUAUAAUAUUCCCCUCUCUCAUUUCCUCUUUAUUUCCUCUUAUAAAUCUUACGACUAUACUAAGACACUGCUCAUGACUUUUACUGUUGACAUAUACAUGUUUUACUUUGGUUCUUGAUGUUUGACAUCCAUGUCUCCAGUUAUUAGUGAAGUCAUUCUUUCUGGUUUUACCAUCAAUUCAACCCUUCGUCGUGGUACCCAUUUAGUCCAAUCUUUCUCUGUCGUCUUCCUUUACUGGUUCUAUGUGUUCUCAUGAAAAAAUAACCUUUAAACUCCAUUAAAUAUCAACACCUAGAUCCUAAUUUAGCUAUUAGUAUAGUAUUGAUAUUUUUAUCGAGUUAUUACAACACUAUCUUUCUUUUUUCAACAACCCGGUAUCCCGACCCAUUUGUCCGACUAAUUCAGAUCUACACCGUGUAGGGCCUAUUAAAGGUAGGUUAAUCAUCAGUAUUCAGAACUCACUCACCUAACUAAUUCAAGUUCGGUCCAUAUUGUUACAACACCAUCAAUUAAUCCAUCAACCCAGACAAAUUUCAGAUUGGUACCGUGUAAGACCAUUAAAAGAGCAGCCUUGUUACAACACCAUCAAUUAAUUAUAUAGAGAUAUGGCUUCAUUUAGUGGAACUACUUCAGGGUCAAGCCAAGAAGAUAUGCAACAACUAAUGGACCAAAGGAAACGCAAAAGAAUGAUAUCAAACAGGGAAUCAGCAAGAAGGUCAAGGAUGAAGAAGCAAAAGCAUUCCGAUGAUCUAACAGCUCAAGUGAAUCAACUUAGGGGAGAAAACAACCAAAUUAUAACAAAUAUAAACACGUUGACACAGUUUCAAACGAACGUGGAAGCAGAGAACUUGAUUCUCAGAGCUCAGAUUGCAGAGUUGAGCCACAGGCUGCAGUCUCUAAACGAGAUCAUAAAUUAUGUGAACUCAUCAAGUUUAAAUUCUGGUGCCGCAAUUCAUGAAAAUGAGGAAUAUGCUAGUUAUCAUGAAUUAGAUGAUUUCUUGAACCCUUGGAAUUUGCUCCAAGUGAAUCACUCUAUUAUGGCUUAUGCUGAUGCAUUCAUGUACUAAUGAUGAUGUAGUGGCCUGAACUGGCGAACCGAAGUCACUUUCGAAAUCAUACUUCUAACAGUUAGUCUAUGUCCAGUCCAACGGGACGUGCAGUGCAAACGAACCUGAGUUGCUAUACCGAAUUCUCCAAGAAAAAAUAGUAAUUGAAAAGGUUGUGGUUUGUGUGGAUUCUUGGCUUGGCUUUCCAUGAAGGGAUUUGGUUAGGUUCAAAAUAAAUAAAUGGAUAUUAGAGAAAAAAAUGACGGUUGAUAAUUGGUCGUUGCCUUCUUGGUUUGUAAAAAUGCAAGUUCCAUUAUUGUGUAUAUGCAUGUAAUACUCCCCUUCUAUUUGUUUUUAGUUUAAUGUCUAUUUUCAUUGUCAGGAUGUACGAUAUAUGCAAUUUUUUAUAUUUUUUUAUUAGGUAUAUUGUAUUUGAAAUUCACUUACACUUCAA